CGAAAAUAAUAGUUAUAUAUAUAUGUGGCACACAAAACAAGAAACAUGUCACUACUACGCCGAAUCCGCCACUCUCACACUUCCAUCAUCCGCCGCUUCAUGGCACCCUCCGAGCCCAUAAGCCCAUCAAACACGCGCCUGGGCUGGAUCGGCACCGGCGUCAUGGGCCACUCCAUGUGCGCCCACCUCAUCCGGGCCGGCUACUCCCUCACUGUCUUCAAUCGCACCCUCGCCAAGGCCCAGCCCCUCGUCGACCUCGGCGCCCACCUCGCCGCCUCUCCCAACGCCGUUGCCGCCCGCUCCGACGUCGUCUUCUCCAUCGUCGGCUACCCCUCCGACGUACGCUCCGUCCUCCUCGACCCCGCCACCGGCGCCCUCGCCGCCCUCCGCCCCGGCGGCGUCCUCGUCGACAUGACCACCUCGGAGCCCUCCCUCGCCGUCGAAAUCGCGGCCGCCGCGGCCGCCAAGGGCUGCCACUCCGUGGAUGCCCCGGUGUCCGGCGGCGACCUCGGCGCGAGGAACGGAACCCUAGCGAUCUUCGCCGGCGGCGAAGAGUCGACGGUGGAGAAUCUGAAACCGUUGUUUUCGGUUCUUGGGAAGGUUAACUACAUGGGAGGGAGUGGGAAGGGGCAAUUCUCGAAACUGGCGAAUCAGGUGACGAUAGCGUCGACGAUGGUGGGGUUGGUGGAGGGGAUGGUGUACGCGCACAAGGCGGGGCUCGAUGUGGGGCUGUACCUGGAGGCCAUUUCAACCGGCGCUGCCGGUUCCCGGUCGCUUGAUUUGUACGGGAAGAGGAUUCUGAAGAGGGAUUUGCAAGCGGGGUUCUAUGUGAACCACUUUGUGAAAGAUUUAGGGAUUUGUCUGAAGGAGUGUGAGAAUAUGGGGAUUGCUUUGCCUGGCUUGGCUCUGGCGCAACAGCUUUACGUUUCGCUUAAGGCUCAUGGUGAAGGUAAUUUGGGCACUCAGGCUCUUAUUUUGGUCCUUGAGCGUCUCAACAAUCUCUCCCUGUCUCUUCCUUCUCCCUCCAAUGCCUGAAAACUCGACAACAACCAUCUAUCUAUCUAUCUAUUCCUAUUCUGUAUUUUUACUCACGUACAAUGCUUUUAUUUGAACCCUAUGCUUGUUUAAUUCAACUCACACUCUUGUCUUUUUAAUGUCUACUAAUACUCUUUAAGCUUUCGGCUAUUCAAAA